CUUCGAGCGUCUCUUUAGACAUUAUCAUCGAAAGGCCGAACUCUCUCUAUUUCUCUGCAGCACCGACACAAGUUUCUCGUAAAAGAAUGGACAGCGUGCUAACUUUCCGAGUCUCCAUCGUCAUCCUGGCCUUUGCAGUCUGUUUCGUCUCAGCCCUUGAUGCCCAGUUGCAGUCCAGGUAUCGACGGUCCAUCGUGGAGAUCGACGACCCCAAGGAAACCCUGCAAGUGUUAGGCAACCUAGCACAGAGGAUUAUAGAAGCAGAAACCAUCCAGAAUGAGAAGCGUGGCCUGGAUCUAGGCUUAUCCCGCGGUUUCUCGGGCAGUCAAGCGGCGAAGCAUCUCAUGGGGUUGUCCGCAGCCAGCUUCGCCAACGGACCGGGCCGGAAGAGGAGAUCCAUGGACCAGUCCCAGUGAGCAUCUCGAUCCACCCCACUCCGCCCCCGAUUCGGUCGGCAGAUCCGUGUGUGCGUGCUUGCAAACUGAAGAAUCCCCGAAUCCUUGUGUAACGUCGUUGUAGAUUAGACUUCCAAUAAAAACAGUCUGCCCUGGUGGACCAUUUUCUGUUUUC